UUAAAGUGAUUUUAUUCAACAAUCUAGCUUUUAAGGAAUAUUGACACGAUUUUGCAGGCAUUAGUACAGGCUGUAUAUACCAAUUAACUUGGUAUUACAGCCUGAUUAAUCAGACUAGAUCUGUCAGUGUUUGCAUAAAAAUUAAUGGACAUCCCCAGGCCAAUCCAUCAGCGUUAGACUCAGGAGUGGCUAUAAAUUCUGUAAAUGCCAUCCAGCUCGCUAGGUAACUACUGCGGUCUUUACCGCGUGCCAAGAUGGAUCCGCCAGUCCCACUGUUCUCCUCUCAACAAUGCUAGGUAGCUACAGCUGUAAACAAUGUCUUGCGUCGUCGGCGCUUACGACUAACUACAGAUCCAUUGACAGUAAGCAACGUUACCAAACCACAGAGCAAAAAUACAAGGUUGCUGGUAAAUUCGUGCAUUGAACAUUUCAAGGUGGUAGGCUAGCACCUGUGGCUUCCCCUGAACCAACAUGCCCAUGAGCAUUGUCCGUCAUUACAUAGCUACAACUGUACAGUCGCUCAUGCGCACACCAUAUCGACAGGUUUAACUCAUACCUUAGCUCAUAUUUUCUACCCCAACCUUCGUCUUUGUUGAAGGUCCCCUACCAAAAAGCGAGGAGUUGCAAACCUCCCCAUGGCGGCGUUCGGUUCGGUACCACCACAGCAUGCAUUUUCUCCCUCGGUUUUGAAUCAUGUGACACAAUGGCGCAAAGUCUGCGCAGUAGGACGUGAACGUGCCUCAGUGACGUUGUUUUACAGCACGCAUGUUUCCUCCAGCUGGGCGAUGCGAGUUUAACUAAGGAAAAUAACUAGAGGAUUAUACAAAGAAUCGACGAUUACCAUCGCAUAUUUUGAUCUGUUCAAAAGUGCAUAAGGUAAACUAUGUGUUUAGUAAAACACACGAUCCUGCCGAGAAAGACCGAGAUGAAUUUGCAAGCUCCAAGUCCUCUCUUUCUAGCCUGAGGAGAAGCCCACCAUGUUGACUUGGGAAUCACACGCAAUUGAUUACUAUCGUUUUGUGUACGCGCUGGUGUGUUACAAGUCUUGCGUGCUUAGGCCUUGCAGGCCCGAGCCACGUUUUUAGUCGUCGCAGUGCACGGCAUCGAGGCAAUUGGCAGAGAAAGAUCAAGAUUCAUCGUCUUAAUCCACUUAUAGUAGCACGGUUGGGAAAGAUAACUGACAUUACAUUCCUGCCACCACUUGGUGUUGUCAGCAAACCACAAUGUAUGCUACCACGGUCCGCCGCAAUACAGAUGCUGAAUGAAAACAUGGAAGGACAGAUGUAAGAAAAGGACUGUGACAAAUUCAUGGCUGCAAACAAGAAGGAGAGAAUAAUGGUUCUUCAUGAGGAGGGGGCUGCUGCCCCCAUAGCACUGCCCUCGGCUGCCUCUCCCCCCGACCUCUUUGGUGUCCUAAACACAGGGCAAGCAAGUGCAGUUGUAGCCAAUGAAGAAGCAAACAUUCCAGCAACAUCCACUCCAGGUUCUGAAAUCGGUACUGGUCAAAUGGCUUCUACAUUGAACUCUGCUGCCAGCUCUAAUAACCAACCAGAGAAUUUACCACCAGAGAGCACCUACAGCGGUAUCAAGAUGAUGUUAGAGAAUAACAACAUGUGGAAUGAGUUUUUCAAAUGCAAAACCGAAAUGAUAAUAACCAAACAAGGCCAGAGGAUGUUCCCUUAUUGCCGCUUUCGCAUCUCUGGUUUGGAGCCCUUCCAGAAGUACACUCUGCUCAUGGAUAUCAACCCUGUGGACAACAAACGUUACAAGUGGACUGGGCAAGACUGGCAAAUGAGUGGAAAGGCAGAGGCCCAUUUGCUGAGACGGGUUUUCAUCCAUCCAGACUCUCCAUCUUCUGGUCACCAAUGGAUGCAGAACCCAGUGUCAUUCUACAAGCUUAAGCUCACUGACAACACGAUGGACCAGGAGGGCAAUGUAAUUUUGCACCCAAUGCACCGCUACUUACCACACCUGCAUUUGGUCUCAGUUGAAACGGCUACAGAGGAUAUUCAGCUCAAUGGGCCUGACGUGAUAACCUUCACCUUUCCCCAGACCGAGUUCUUUGCUGUAACAGCCUACCAGAAUGUACGCAUGUCUCAGUUUAAAGCAGACUUCAACCCUUUUGCAAGUGGACCCAACUCCCAGGCUCUAAAGCUGGAAAUGAGUCCCUCCAAUGAGUUGAAGAAGGAUGAAACCAGAUCUCCCAUUGAACUCAAGCCUGUGAAAGGCUUGAAUGGCCUGAAAUCUUUGAUGGCGGCAAAACGCAGAUCUAAAGACACUUCAACAGUAGAUAAAGGACUCCUGAGCCCUGAUGCUCAAAAUGUUUCCCUUGCAGAUGGUGAUAAAACUGAGGUCAAAACUGAUAGACCCAGCUCCAGGCUGAAAUCAAGUCCCUCCAAUGAGAUUAAUAAAGACUCAGCCCAAUCUCCCAAUGAGCUCAAGUCUGCGAAAAGCCUGAAUAAUCUUAAAUCUUUGAUGGGGAAACGCACUUCCAAAGAUACUUCAGCAGGAGUCCAAGGACUUCUCGCUUCCGAUGCCCAAAAUGUUAUGCUUGCAGACAGUGAUAAGUCCGGAGUCCAAACAAGUCCCUCCAAUAAGUCAAAAAAAGACAAAAACAGUUCUACCAAUGACCUCAAGCCUGUGAAAAGCCUGAAUAACCUGAAGUCUUUGAUGGCAAAACACAACUCUAAAGGCACAUCUGCAGUAGAUCAGAGAGUCCUCAGUGAAGAUGCUCAAAAUGUUACACCUGUAGAGAGAGACAAAUCUGGAGUCAACGCUAAUGGACCCAGUUUAAGCACUCCAAAGCUGAAAUCAAGAUCCUCCAAUGAGUUGAAAAAAGCAGAAACCACAUCUCCGAAGGAAUUCAACACUCUUAGAAGUAAUCUGUCUUUGAUGUCAAAAUGCAAUUCCAAAGACACUUCAGCAGUAGGUCAAGGACUCCUGAGCUCAGAUGCUCAAAAUGUUACACUUGCAGACAGUGAAAAGUCAGGAGUCAAAAUGGAUAAACCCAGCUCCUGCAAGAAAUCAAGUCCCUCCAAUGAGACGAUGAAAGUUGAAACAAUAUCUCCCAAGGUGUGCAAGUAUGUGAAGAAUUCCCGAAAGUCUUUGCGUAGAAAAUGCAACUCCCAAAAGACUUCAGCAGCAGAUCAUGGACAAAAGUCAGUCAGAAACACAGAGUCCACUGAAUACUAUUCUUGCACAACAGGUCCUCCCCAAAGUAACUUCCCUGGGCUGAUCCGGGAGUGUCAUCUGAAAAUACGAAGGUGCAAUGUUGAGAGAACCAAUACAACUUGUAGUGUUGAGCAAAAAAACACUAAGGGCAUGGUUGACAAUGGCAAAGUUGUGGAAGUAGCUGUGAAUUACAAUUUUUCCCAGAUUUCUGAACCUGAAGCCUUGUCCGGGAAGAUUAUUGAAAAGGUGGGAACACUGCACAAUGGGAAUGUGAUUGGCAGUGACAAGGACCUCUUCAAUUCAUCUCAGUCCCAGGAACCGGUCAAGACCCAUGUGUCAAUCAAUGACCAGCCAGCAAAUGAAGUUGAAAACAGUCAAAAGGCUUCCCAGAGCUCCUCAGUGAGCUCUGAAGCAAAAAUGACAGGUUUUGAUGAACAGCUGCAGGGGAAGGCUAAACCACACAAACGACCUGAACCUGUGCCUUUGCCCCUUCUUGCACUCUACCUUCAACAGUUGAAGUCAAAAUCCACAUCUGUUAGGAUCAAAUCAAAAUCUCCUCCGGUAUUGUCUUCAUCCCCAUCUUCUUCCGUUCCAACCACCGAUCCUGUUAUUCCAGCUACCGAUCCUGUUAUUCCAGCCACCGAUCAAACUGGCCCUGCCAUGGACUCAACUGGCCCUGCCUUGGAAUCUACUGGCCCAGCCUUGGAAUCUACUGGUUAUGCUGUAGUUCCAGCCAGUGGUCCUGCUGAUCCAGCUAUCAAUCACAUUGUUCCAGUCAUUGGCCCCACUGGGCCAACCACGGACUAUGCUGGUCUACCCACGGAUAUUUCAGUCCCAAACACAGAUUUUUUUGUUCCUGCCACAGACUCAUUGUUACCAGAACCUGCCUCAGUUUUACCAACCGCUGAUCAUUCGUUUCUUGUCCCUAAGCCUACCAUAUCCAUUGCACUAUCAUCCCCCACCCCUUGUUUGCCAGCAACUGUCUUAUCACCAUUCCCUGACCCAUUGUUACCAGCCCCUUCCUUGUCAUCCCCAGCCCAAGAAUUGCCACCUCCUGUACCUGUCACAUUCAACCUAGCGACUGAUUUAUCAUCACUUACCUCUGACCCUCCCUCAACUGCUCCAGCACUGUCAUCAACACCUAGUCUUGCCAACUUGGAACCUGAAUCUACCCCCUCGUUACCAUCCCCUGGUCCUUCGCGAGGUGGCUUUGAGCCAUCCUCACCUGCAUCAUUACCAGAUCUUGAACCCCCUUUACGUUCCCCUGUUACAUUGAAACCGGAAGCCGCCUUCCCCUCCUUACCUGUACAUGCCUCCUCAUUCCCAGCCCUUGAACGAUUACUGCCCCCUACUAACCCUUUUGUUCUAUCCUCUGAAUUAUCAUCACAUGGAUUACUUUUAGGCCUACCUGCCCCUGAUCCUUUUUUUAACAUACCUUCUACCCACUUGUUGCCUUCCGCUCACUUUAACCCAUUACCCUUUGAGGACAGGCAAACCACAGACUUCACCCAAAUCAAAGGCUGGAGAGAUAAGUUUGUCCCCUCGGACUUGCCAUCAUCCUCCAAGCCUGAAGUUUGCCCAAGUUCAGAUGUGGUCCCAAAGAACUUGUCGGCCUUCUGCAGUGACAUGUUGGAUGAGUACCUGGCUAACGAAGGUAAACUCAUUGACGAGCGGGCUGCCAGUUUCACCCAGACCACCGUCGUCACCCCUGUGGUCUACCAGCUGCACAAGAGCACCAGCUACGUCCGAACCCUAGACAGUGUGCUGAAGAAACAGGCACCGGCACUUUCUUCCACCUUUGUCCCCCCAUCCAAAAAACCCAGACUGCCCCUCACAUCCAAAGGACUUAAAAAAUCUGAGAAAAGGCAACAAAAAAAACUAUGUUCAAAGCAGAACAAAACUAAACCAACUUCUGCAAUAACCCCAACACCAUUGCCCACUGAGCCACCACCACUGUUGAUGGAUCAUUGCGCCCCCAUCACCCACGAUAACACAAUUGAAACUAUAAAAAGGAGACAGAGGAAGCCAAGGGUCAAGACUCCUCCACCAGCCCAUACGCUCCUGUGUCCAGGCCAGAGGUAG